GUAAGUUAUCACCUCAUUAUUUGAACAUCGACUGGACAAACUGCUCCACAUGCAGCAGUGGUUAGAGUGGUUUCCAGUUAGAGAAAAAUCAGCUGUGCACAAUCAGUUGCGCUUGGACGGAGAGAGAGGAUACAGAAGAGACAGAGCUGCUGUGCGCGACACAUCUCAUCUCUCAAAAUCAACCAGUCAGUAUCCCAAAACACGAGAAGAGCUUCUGAUCAUCAAACGAACCAGCUCGCAGACUGACUUCGGUCUCCGCGCAAACUUCGCGCCGAAGCUCCAGCAUGUCCAGCGGGGACCAACGCCGCGGAUGUGCCACAUGAGGCGGACCCGAGAAACUGAAAGCAGUGCUCAAACUUUGCCCACGGAGACCUCUGUGACUCUUAACGAAGCGCGCACGCAACUUUCAGCGUGGUUUCUGCUCCUGUGACACUUUCCGCCCUUCUCCUGGCCCGUCACUUGGGAUUGCUGGGAUUCAGCGGCGUGUCUCUUUUAUGUUCAGCCGAGGAGACGUGUAGUUUUUCAGGGUGGUCCGUUCUAAGGAAGGUGACAUGCAGGUUCUCGGUUGGACCACAGUUCUCCUCUGUCAGUGGAUCCUACAGAAGGUCCAAGGGUUGGAGAAGCAAGUGGACCUCUCAGAGUUGGGCCCGGUUGGCUCAGUAAUGAAGACUCUUCCUUAUGGCAUGGGAGGAGGCACUGCUGGAGGAGUUGCCAAGCCUCCAUACCAAACACGCAUAUUUUCCGCAUCCAUUGACCAGACACCCCUGAAGUCCAAGCCACCCACCUACACUUUCUUCAACCCCUAUGACUCAGGCCGGAACCAGUCCAUGUCACUGGAUCAGACUGGCUACCGCUCCAAGCGCAAGCCAUCAUCAAAGACAAACAUAAAGACCAAGAAGAUCUUUGGCUGGGGAAACUUCUAUUUCAGCGUUAAGACCGUGAAGUUCAGCCUGUUGGUGACGGGCAAGAUUAUUGAUCACAUCAAUGGUACAUUCACCGUUUACUUCCGCCACAACUCAUCCAGCCUUGGGAAUGUGUCAGUGAGCAUUGUACCACCGUCAAAAGUGGUAGAGUUUGAAGUUCUACCGCAGCAGCAUAUGCACCCCCACACCCAGCAGGACGUCCAGAUCCAGGAAACACAACAGGCCACCAUCGACCCCAGAGAGGGGAAGACCCUCAACUGUCGGGUGGAGUACGACAAAACCGACAGGUCGAAGAAAUCCAAACCCUGCCUGUAUGAUCCGUCUCAGACCUGCUUCACAGAGCACACUCAGUCUCAUGCUGCCUGGCUCUGUUCCAAACCCUUCAAGGUGAUCUGCAUCUUCAUCUCUUUUUUAAGCAAUGAUUACAAGUUAGUUCAAAAAGUGUGUCCGGACUACAACUUCCAAAGUGAGCGCCCUUAUUUCGGAUAAAUACAUUAGACUCAAGCGAGGAGGAGAAAAAACGACAAUGUUCAUGAUCUCAGUGAUGAGUAAAAGGAUGAAUAUGGAAAUGAUACUCAUUAUGAUGAAGAAAAAAAGGGUUGUUUACCCUUCUGAACUGACGUGAAUUGUGGAUUUAAAUAAAUGUAUAAUCAAAGCUAUGGAAUGUACAGGAAAUGGUGGAUUUCUCUGAUAUAUUUUCCAACUUUGUAUUUGUUAACCUUCGUUUUUAUGUUUUCUUUUCUGUAAAUAAUGUACUCAUCCCCAGCAGACUAUAUUGUUUUUAGAUCUAUGUUUCUCAGUGUUAUUACUUUCUGCAGUUGGAGAAUUCAGUUAAAAACAGCCCGAAUGGGUAUUAUUCCCUCUGAGUACAGACUGAGCCUCUCAGGCAGCUGUGCUGUGCCAUCACUGUGUGGCAGAUAUAAUGUUAUGGUAGACUGACUGUUAAUCAUUCUCUCAGCUCUACAUUUCGACCCAUGGAUAUAAGAGAGUUAUAUGUAUGAGAAAUGCUAUGCUGGAUAUGCAUACAAUAUACUGUUUGAACAAGCACAUUAAAAUCUCUUUAACUGUC